AUUAUUUGUUUUAGGAUGAUUACAGACGUACAAUUAGCAAUAUUUGCAAAUGCCUUGGGCGUUACCUUGUUUAUGUUGGUGGUUGUUUACCAUUACAUUAGUGCGAAUAUAAAUCAUAAAUAGAUAAGAACACUACAGAAAUUCCAUACAUAUUUUAAGUUAUGAUUUUUAUUUGAGUAAUAAUCAAAAUUUGUACACAAUAAUUUGUAAAAUAAACAUUUAAUUAUAUAGUUAUGUGAUUUUAUAA